GCUCGGCCCUCGAACCCCUCACCCCUGCACGCGCCCACGCCCCCGUCUUGUCUCCCUCUCCCCCUCCUCUCCACGCGCACCAGCACCGAGAGCCGCGUCGACCGCGCCGGCCUCCCCCUCGCUCCCGUUCCCAGCACCGGUGCGCGCGCCCGGGGGCGCAGCGUGGCGCGAUGGCCCCCGCCCGCCUCGCCGCGCUCGCCGCCAUCGCCGCCGCCCUCUUCCUCAUCCUCGCCCUGGGCGCGGCCCCGGCGCGCGCGGCGGACGAUGGAGAGGUGCGUGCGCUGCUGGCGCUGGGGGCCGCGCUGGACCCGACGGGCCGCCUGCUCCCGUCGUGGGCGCCCGGCCGCGACCCCUGCGCGGCCCGGGGCGGGUUCGAGGGCGUCGCCUGCGACGCGCGGGGCGCCGUCGCCAACGUCUCGCUGCAGGGGAAGGGGCUCGCCGGCACGCUCCCGCCCGCCGUCGCCGGCCUCCGCGCGCUCACGGGGCUCUACCUCCACUACAACGCGCUCCGGGGCGGCAUCCCGCGGGAGCUCGCCGCGCUCGGUGCGCUCACCGACCUCUACCUCGACGUCAACAACCUCUCCGGGCCCAUUCCGCCGGAGAUCGGCGCCAUGGCGUCCCUGCAAGUGGUGCAGCUCUGCUACAACCAGCUCACCGGGAGCAUCCCCACGCAGCUCGGCAACCUCACCAGGCUCACCGUCCUGGCGCUGCAGUCCAACCGCCUCAACGGCGCCAUCCCGGCCAGCCUCGGCGACCUCCCGCUGCUCUCCCGCCUUGACCUCGGCUUCAACAACCUCUUCGGCUCCAUCCCCGUCAGGCUCGCGCGGCUGCCCCGCCUCGUCGCGCUCGACGUCAGGAACAACUCCCUCACCGGCAGCGUCCCCGCCGAAUUGGCGGCCAACUUGCAGGCCGGCUUCCAGUACGGGAACAACACCGACCUGUGCGGCGCCGGGCUGCCGGCGCUCCGCCCGUGCACCCCGGCGGACCUCAUCGACCCGGACAGGCCGCAGCCCUUCAGCGCCGGCAUCUCGCCGCAGGUCACGUCUCCCGACGGCGGCGGCCGCGGGCGCGCCCCGUCAACCAAGGCGCUCGCGGCCGUGGUCGUCGUCGCCGUGGCUCUACUCGCGGCCACGGCGGUCGGCCUGUUCGCGCUCUCGUGGCGCCGGUGGCGCGGGCAGAGGGUCGUCUCGGGGGGCUCGCCGCCCACGGCCUGCGGCGUCACCGAGGCCGCGGCGAAGGCGUCGUCAGCUCGCAAGAGCGCGUCGUCGGCGCUGGCGAGCCUCGAGUACUCAAAUGCCUGGGACCCGCUCGCCGGCGCGCGGGGCGGCGCCUCCGCGGGGCUCGGUUCCCCCUCCUCCUCCUCGCAGGACGUGUUGGCCCAGAGCCUGCGGAUCAGCACUGAGGAGGUGGAGUCCGCGACGCGCUACUUCUCGGAGCUCAACCUCCUCGGGAGGCGCGGGAGGAACAAGGCCGGCGGCCUGGCGGCCACGUACAGGGGUACGCUGCGCGACGGCACCCCCGUCGCCGUGAAGCGGCUGGGCAAGACGUGCUGCCGGCAGGAGGAGGCCGAGUUCCUCCGGGGCCUCAAGCUGCUCGCCGAGCUCCGGCACGACAACGUGGUGGCGCUGCGGGGGUUCUGCUGCUCCAGGGCGCGCGGGGAGUGCUUCCUCGUCUACGACUUCGUGCCCAACGGCUGCCUGUCGCAGUUCCUCGACGUCGACGCCGAUGACACCGCCGGCGGCCGUGUCCUCGAGUGGUCCACGAGGAUCUCCAUCAUCAAGGGCAUCGCCAGAGGGAUUGAGUAUCUGCACAGCACGAGACCGGGCAAGCCCGCGCUCGUCCACCAGAGCAUCUCGGCGGACAAGGUCCUUCUGGACUACACCUACCGGCCGCUCAUCUCCGGGUGCGGCCUGCACAAGCUCCUCGUCGACGACCUCGUCUUCUCCACGCUCAAGGCCAGCGCCGCCAUGGGGUACCUAGCGCCGGAGUACACCACCGUGGGCCGGCUCUCGGAGAAGAGCGACGUCUACGCGUUCGGGGUCAUCGUGCUCCAGGUGCUCACGGGCAGGAGGAAGGUGGCGACGGCGACGGCAAUGCAGCUGCCCGGCGACGUCGGGGAGCUCGUCGACGGCAACCUGCACGGGAGCUACUCGGCGGCUGAGGCCGCCAGGCUGGCCAAGAUCGCAUUGGCCUGCACCAGCGAGGACCCGGACCAGAGGCCGACGAUGGAGGAGCUACUCCAAGAACUGGGCACCAUCUGAUGGAUUUCUGUUCCAAUGCACUGUAACUGUUCAUGCAAGAGUCACAUGCCUGACAGUGUGCCAAAUAUGGGCCUUUGUAACCUAGCUACUUGUCUAGGAUCACUAGUCAGUAAUCACUGAUCUUAGAAAGCGUUGUCCGAGCUAGGCACUAAUCAGUAAUCGCUGAUCUUAGGAAGCACAUGCCUAGGAUCAUGAGAUCUUGUAUGCUAAUGAUGUGUCAUUAUAUCACCACCGAUCAAAAAACCAAGCAUCUGUUUGGUUUUGGGAUCACGUGGAAUGGGUUGGGUUCAUCCCACUUUUGUGGGUUGGGUUUAACUCAUCUCGUGUUUGGAUGAGAGGGAUGGGUCUGUUCCAGUUUUUUAUUUAACUGGAGGGGUUGAGAAGGUUGGAAUGAAUGCCAUUUUUAACACUGUUA